AAAGUUUCUUUUGUCUAACAUUUGUAGCACAACAGCUAACAAUUCCUCUUGGAUCCCAUUUCUUUACAUUUUGAUAUAUUUGCACAGAUAUGUAGGGCUGACUUUUAGAGCUCUAUUUGUUGUAUGGACAACUGUCAACGGUUUAUUAAAAAUAAACAGAGAAGGCAAAAAAAAAAAACUUUCUCCAAACGAUUUUAUUGUCCAAAAAGUGUUUAAGGAUUUUGGAGUAUUUUUCUGUUAAAUGUUAUGCCUGUGUUGUAUAGCACCUUCUAGGGUUCUACAACCCCCCAAGGCGCUUUACAACACAAUCAGUCACUCAUCCACGCACACACAUAUUCACACGCUGGUGGGGAUGAGCUACAAUGUAACCACAGCCGCCCUGGGACACACUGGGUUUAUAUGGUAUUUAGUAAUAAGUCACGUCACGUGUAAUCUAUAUUUAUGUGGACAGAAAACCAGUUUCAUUAUGGCUGCAAUACAGUGAAUGAAAGUGCCUUUCACAGACAAGAGCCAUAAAUGCUGUACAACACAAUUCACAUUCAAAUGCAAAACAAUUUUCAGCUGUUCACCCAAAGAGUCAGUGAAGUGAACUGUUCGGUCCGGGGUCCGGUUUUGGGCCUUGUACCUAGAACAACCAAGAGAUUCUGAGUUCUGGUACAAGCAGCAGUGAGUCUUGUCAAAGGGAUUAUUGGGAAAGUUAAAAAUUGUUAGACUAGCAACUGUGUGUCAUAGUAAAAAUGAACUGACAGGAUGGAAUGCACACAGGCUUGAAGGCCUUUAGAUGGCUAGCGCCUUUUCUUUUAAUGAAUGUGCUGAUUUCUGAAUGGGUUUUUUCUCAUGUAAAGCAGUUGGUCUGAUCGUUUUUAUCAGAGAGGAUGUCAACAUUCCCUUCCUCCGUUUUCUCUCUUUGGCCUCCCUACUCGGCGGAGAGGGUGGCGUUGAGGAUGAGGUCACUGUUUCAAAACAUGGCCCCCAUCCUUGUACCAACACAACAUUUCCUCUUCCAUGAAUCCAGCUGAACGCAGGACAAACCAAUGUUCUCUUCUUCGUUAAUGAAACGUUUGUGAGGUCGUACUGAGAUGACAGGAAACUUCUACACUUUGUGUCAAAUGUUCCGACUCCGCCUGCAGGGAAAAUGCUUGAAUACCUGUUGGCUCUGUACUUGCCUUGUUUUGCUGCUGGUAGAGGAGAAGGAGCACAUUUAUCCACAGAAGGCCUUUAAGUUGGUUUUAUGGAGAUCAGAUUAAUCUGUUUGUUCCUCUCUUCCAACAGCACUACUCAGUAUAACUCAGAUUGGUUUGGUUCGGUCGGACCAUCUUUCCCAACAGCACGGGUGGAUAUUUCCCCCCAACAUUUCAGUACCUGCUUUGAUGUGGUUCCUAUGAGCUGUUCAGAAAAUGCGACGUCAGCAACAGUUAGUCACUGAUUGGCUAGGGGGUGGAGUCACUGGUUGCUUGAGCUUUCUGCCUACUGCCUCCCUCUUUAAAGAGUCAAAAUAAAUGAGUGGAAAAUAAUGGUGUUCUCUUGAAGAAUAUACAAACAAAAUAAAUCCCACCCAAAACUUUAAAGGGAUACUAAACCGUUUUGCUUACUUUUAGCACCCCCUAGUGUCCGUCACUGGAACCAAAAGUGAAACUUAUCCUUGCUGUGGGUUCAGUUCAAUUCAAGUUUACUUAUAUAGAGCCAAAUCACGACAAGAGUCGUCUCAAGGCACUUCACAUGGUAAACAUGCCAGUACAGGUCAGUUCAUGAAGCCAAUCAGUAAAAAGUUUCCUAAAUAAGGAACCCAGCAAAUUGCAUCAAGUCACUGACUGGUGUCCUGGUGUGCGGAGCGCCAUGCUCUCUCCAAUUUUCAAGAGUUUUGUUUUAAGUUCGUAAAUCAGAAUUAAACAAGGGAGCCAACUUCCUGUGCUUAAUUACCUUCUUUUUUAAAGGUUCGUCUUUUCAACACAUUAAUCUAAAAGCUGAAAUGUCUUAUCUGCCUUCAUUAGCGCCUACAGGAGCGGUUCAUCACUAAAUCAAACAAAUCAACUGUGUUCACGAUUUAAAACUUGCAGGAAAGGUGCUGGAAGUAGACUCCAGCACCACGUAUGAUAAAUGAUAAAUGACCCGCACUUGUAUAGCGCCUCUCAGAGUAAGGACUCCAAAGCACUUUACACUACAUUGUAGUAUUCAUCCAUUCACACACACAUUCACACACUGAUGUAGCCACAGCUGCCCUGACCUGGCGAGGCGAGGCUGCCGAGCACAGGCGCCAACGGUCCCUCCGACCACCACCAGCAGGCAAGGUGGGUUAAGUGUCUUGCCCAAGGACACAACAGCAGAAUUCUCUGUCCGGAGCCGGGAUCGAACCUGCAACCUUCCGAUUUCUGGACAACCCGCUCAACCUGUUGAGCUACUGCUGCUCCAAUGUCAGCUCCACUUUAUUAUGCCCAACAGGGACUGGACUGGCACUCUGAAGUUGCAAGUGUGGUAUUCUGGCCAGAAAGGGUGAUGGGGGUCUGAGUAACUUUUCAUUAACUCUGUAAAGGGUCGUUUUAGCACACACUGGCUCAAGAAAAUGUUUUCAAAGUAUGAAAAGUAUGCCUUUAAAGCUGCCAUUCACUAGUUUCUUUCCAACAUAUCUGCUGUGCUCUCUGGUACGAUUGAAUGCCUUUUAAGUUGUUUCCCAUGGAAAAAAGCUCUGGCGCUCCAGUUUCAGGGGUAGAUGUGUGUUGGAGAAGUGUGGGGGUGGAAAAUGGCUUACUCAUUAAUAUUAAUGAUAGGUAUAUGUCUCGCCUCUGAUUGGCUAACAGCAUUGUGACUCUUCUGCUGCCUCUGUUCGCUCUUUCUUCUUGGGUUUGCAACAAUGAUGUGUUAUCUCCACAAAUAACACAUGCACCAACAUGUCCUGCGUUUUGGUGGAGUUGCUUUUGCUAAUGGUUAGCUUACACUAGCCCAUAAAUCUCUGUUCUCUCCUUGCCGCCAACUCAACAACCUUCCGUGGUGGAUGAGGCCGUGACUGCUAACUUUUCCUUGGAUAUAGAAGAGUGGCUUUUUCCGACCCAAUAGUUUUCCCGUACAUUUUCCUUCUUCGGAUAAUGUUCACAAUGGGGGACAGAUUUUCUCGUUCAGCAUACAUAUGCAACUCAAAGUGACCCAUCACAUUAAAAAACAAAAAAAACAAGUAAGCUGUUUCUCAUUGAACUGAACCUUUACAGUUUAUUUUUAAAAUAACUGUAUAAAUUGCAGUCCGAGUAUCCAACACACCUUUCCACCAUUUCCAUCUAAAUGGAACAUAAUUUAAUUGUCACCUGGAUCCUAAACCUGCUCAUGGGUUGGCCUUUUUUCCCAGAAUAAACCUUGUUGCUCUCUUUUAUGUUCUGCUGAAUCCUGCAUAAAUUUGGGCCAAAUGUGUACAGAAAUAAAUAAACUUGCACUUUUCUACUAAUAGAUCAACUUUUCCUUUAGAGUUCAUCCUGCUAGCUACAGACUUUGUGGCAGCUUUUGUGUGUGUGUGUGUGUGUGCGCGUGCGUGCGUGUGUGUGUGUGUGUGUGUGUGUGUGUGUGUGUGUGUGUCAACAGUGUGGCUCUCAGCUGGUCAGGAUUGGGGGGGUGUAAAGGAAAGGAAUGCUGCUUCUCUGAGCAGUCUGUAAUUUGAUGUCAUCAAAUCAGAGAAAAACAACAACACUGAAGAGGAGCUGAGGCAGAUGUGUGUGUGAGAGUGUUUUGAGAGACGUUUUGGGUGAGGAGUGAAGGAAGUCGUGAAGAGAGUUUAAGCAGAAAGAGGCGAGAAAUGCAAGACAAACAGGAGGCGGUUUAGCCUGCAUAAAAGUUAGAAGUUAGAAAGAUAAAAGAGGACCUUGGAGAAGAUGCAUGUUGAUAACUACUACACACCAAGCAACCGUGCUCUAAAACGUCCUCGGAUAUGGAUCAAUCCAAGCAUUUCAUGAUUAUGGUUUAGGUGAUUUACCGGUCAUCUGAAUUCUUACAAGAUCUUAGUCACACUUCUUAGAUGCUAAACUGUCUUUCCGCGCUACCCCUCAGCACAUUGUGAAGAACAUUUCAAACAGUUUGGCCAAAAACGCACCAGAAAAAAUACCUCCUACCCCACCUUUAAGAUUCGUUUGUAAAAAGAAACAUUUGAAGGUGUUAGAAAAGUUCUGUUUGAUGAAUCUGAUUUGACUGAAAUCGCUGCACCAGUAGUCAUGUUUGAGGUGUUCAACCAGCAAUCAAUCAUUCAGAAAGCUAAUUUCAGCGCAGUAAUGAUGGUGUUACUUCUAAUCUGCCCCUGUGACAUGUGCCUCAUGCCUUUGUCUGGACAAAUUACACAUUUUUAGUUAUUUACUCCAGAAGAGAAGUGAGAACAUUCAGCACUAUGUUUAACUGUGUUUUAAAUGAACAGAGGAUCACACCACUUGUCUUAUAACUUAAACUUUGCUUUUGAUUCUCAAGAAAACCAAACACAAAAUGUAGCUCCGGUUGGUUAAAGGUUUUCGUAAGGCUGGUGUCUGAUCGGGAUGCUGCUGAAGCAUGAUGUUUGCUGUGGGUGAACUUUAGGGUGAACGCUGUCUGAAUGCUGAGGAGAAAACGCCCCAACUGAUGAAACAAAGAAAAAAACUCUAAAACCAAAGAAUAUGUAAAGAUACGUAUUUAUUUGCAUGUUUGAAUGAAAAAAUUCAAUUGUCCCAGUUUCAUCGUCUAAGAAUUAUUGUUUUCUUUGACGGUAAAAGUGCAAAAGCUGCAGUCUGAUCUAGUGAUGUGUAUGUUUACAGGUUAUUGGUAGUCGGUGAGCUACGAGGACGAGUGGCGUGUUUCAACAGCAUGUGUUAGGAAUGUGCUCGAGGCUGCUGGGAAACACGUGUGUGGCAGUGUGAAACACCAAAGGGGGGGUCUGCCUUAGCUCCUGCUACUGAAAUCGCUCACUAAGUGACUGAAGGAGGUAAACGUCUUGCUUUUAAGGCAAAAUCUGCCACUCUCAUCCAUUUUUCCUCGGGUUAUUAAAUGUAAGGCAUUUUCUUCCAUGAGCCUUUAGUCCGACUGCACCAGCUCAGAAAAUAUAAAAUAAUAAUAAUAAUCCUAAAUUGUUUGUAAUUUCCUAAAAACUUUAACCAAACAACACUGGAUAGAAGCUGUGGAGUAGCAGGAGUUUAAAGAAUGAGUACAUUUGGAAGAAGCGGUUCAGUGAUGUUGUUAAUGGAGCGGUUAUCGUGUGGUUUGAAGUGUGAAUGGAUUGAAGCCCCCUCUAAGAAGGAAAAGUAAACAUGGGAUGCAUGUAAUGAAACCUGUCUGAGAAAGAGGAGAUUUAUUUUCUUUUGAACCCAGUCAAGCUUGCCCCAUGCGGUAAUGAGCCAUAAAAAAGUUCUUCAGGCUUCUCUUCACUUGGUUUACAAUUUUAAUAAAGAAGCAUCUAUAUCCACCUUUCAAACGGGAUUUCACUCUUCAAUUUUGGCUGCUAUGGUGGCGCAUCUUGAAGUUCUUUACUCCUGGCCCCCAAACAACCAUGGCAGAUGCAUCACUGAAUGCUCUCUUCUCUUUUUCAGCCCGGACCCCAUUUGAAGCUGUGGGCGCUGAAAGGGUUCGGUUCUGAAAAAUGACCCAGUCGGUGCAAGUUAAUCCAAAAAUGCCUGAUUUAGGCUCUGCAUUUGUUUAUUCCAGUCAGGAGGAGGCUGACCAGUCAGGUUCCUACUCCGUUCAGACUCCUUAUGGAUUCCAGCUGGACCUGGACUUCCUUAAAUAUGUAGAAGAGAUUGAAAGUGGGCACAACCUUCGCCGGGCACCUGUCGGCGCCCGGCGUUCUGGGCGAGGACUCAGGCUUUCCCAGAGGAGUCCGGGUGUUGGGGGACGUACGAGUGGAUGGACAUCCACCGAAUCCCUUUCGUCCCCGGUCAGUGAAGAUGGAAGAGCUCCUCCACCGCCUCCUCCACGAAACCGCCUCGGCUCUGCACCCUGUGAAGGUCUUUGUCUGUCUCCUGUUACGCUCCUCGGCAGCCCUCCCCUGUCAGCUGGGGCCAAAGUGCCACCACCUCCGCCGCAACGGAAUCCAAGAGUUGAGCGGACUCUUCUGGAAACCAGCAGGCGGCUGCAGCAGGAGCAAACCCACAAGCACCAGAACGGUGGGCGCCUCCAGCUCGCAGACCCUCCCAAGCAGCUCCCAUCCUCCAUCUCCAUUCUGCAGAGUAGCUGGACUAAACCCAGUCCUCAGACCUCUGGGCGCAGCACUCCAGCUGCUGGCACCACAGCAACCCCGAUUCCACCCAACCAGCUGCAGACAGUCAGAGAGCAGAUGGCUACAGCCUUGAAGCAGCUAAAGGAGAUGGAGGAAAGGGUAAAAGGUGUUCCUGCUCUUGAAAAGGAGGUGGCCAAGCUUCGUGCAGAGAAAGACAUGCUUCUGUUGGCCCUGGAGGAGAAGAAAGAAUCCAUGGAAGUUUCUUUGCAGAAAAACCAGUCAACAGAGUCCUCUACUCAAACCACAGAGACCCUCCAAACCCACCACAGUCCAGUGACUUCACCCAGCAGACAAAAAGACCUAGUGAAAUCUAGUGAGCUGAAAAGACUGACGGAGAAGUUUGAGGGAAAGGAUCAAAAAUCUCUCCAACUGCCAUCUAAAGAUUUAGGAAAUUCUCCAGAAAAAACGGCCGUUCUAAAGAAGUCAGUAGCUGUAGGAGACGACACGGCCAUGACCUCUGUUGUGUUCUACCACAGCCUCGGUGUGAAGGAUGCAUCUGCGUGCACGGAAGUGAACACGUGUGAGAAAUGGACCGAAACCGAGACCCUCGUGUUCCACGAGGAGGGCGUACAAGUCAGAGCAGAGACACAAGAGGCUGAGGUUUGGGUCAUGGAGUCACAACUCAGGCUGAGCACCGAGGCACAACGGGAGAUGGACACAUUACAAGACACCAUUAAGUUCCAGCAGGAGUUCAUUACAGCUCUAGAAGAUAGACUGAAAUUAGCUGAUAAAGACAUGGGAAUACUUAGGACCCAGAUGGAUGAAAAAACCUCUAAAGUCACAUUUGAGAAAGGAACACUCACCAGACCAGACACAAAAAAUGCUCAGGUAGAGACGUGCACCUCUGUAGUAAAGCACGCUGCAGUUAUGUGUCAGCCAGAGAUGACAGACGUAUGCGUUGGUGAAGUCUGGGUAGUAACUCAGGCUGAGAAGAACACCCAGACUGAUGCUUCUGCUGCAGAGGAAGCAUCAGAACCUGUGGAACGGGUCAGCGUUGGAUGCCAGUGGGAGAAGAUGAGUGAUGAGAAGUCAGACGAGGAGGACGAGGAGAAAAUUACUGUGCUGAAGAAAAGACAGCUGACCAUUGCUGAGUACGAGGUCUCCCCAGAAGAAGAGGUGGUCGGAGCAGAUGAGAAAAAAGUGGAAGAAGAAGAAAUUACAGCUAAUAACACAAAGACAGGUAUGCUGAAAUCCAUCAUGAAGAGGAAGGAUGGGAGUAGCUCAAGCGAGAAUCGGAAGAAGAGCCUGCAGUUUGUUGGAAUCCUAAACGGAGGGUAUGAAUCAACAUCUAGUGAGGAAGAGGAAGAGGACGAAGAUGGAAGUUCUUCUGCAGCAAGUGGAGAAGGCGAGUGCUUGGACAGCACAGAAGAGGACGAGGCAGCUUUGGAGGAAGAGACUUCGGAAGAGGAGAGAAACGUCAACCUGGAUGAGAGCGACACUGAUGAGGAAACGCUGAGAGCUGCGAAUUAUUCGUCCGACGCUGUGAAAGAAAAGUUUGAAUUUAGCUCCAAAAUGCGAGAGGCCUGCCUCAUUCUGAAGAACCACCUGAACGAUGACAUCAAAGCACUGAAGAGUAAGGAAGUGCUGUCCAGCACACACACCGUCCAGCUGGAGUGGUUCCGGGUCUCCAGUGGCAAGAUGGCACAGCCAUCGCGGGUAUCCGACUACCUGAUGGCGUUCUCUGAGGUCUCCUCGGUGCUGCUGGAGCACGUCGUCAACAUGACGGACGGCAAUGGCAACACAGCUCUUCACUACAGCGUCUCCCACUCCAACUUUGGCGUGGUCAGGCUGCUGCUGGACACAGGUGUGUGCUGCGUGGAUAAGCAGAACAAGGCGGGCUACACAGCCAUCAUGCUGGCGGCUCUCUCUACUGUAAAGGAAGAGGAAGACAUGGCUGUGGUGAAGAAGCUGUUCGGUCAGGGGAACGUCAACGCCAAGGCCAGCCAGGCCGGCCAGACAGCACUGAUGCUAGCGGUCAGCCACGGGCGGCAGGAGAUGGUGCGGGCCUUGCUGGAGUGUGGCGCUGAUGUAAACGUGCAGGACGAUGAGGGGUCCACGGCUCUGAUGUGUGCCAGUGAGCACGGCCGAGCCGAGAUCGUCAAACUCCUCCUCGAACAGCCAGGCUGCGACAUCUUCAUUGUGGAUAAUGAUGGCAGUAAUGCUCUGUCCAUUGCACUGGAAGCAGCCCACAAUGACACAGCUGUGCUUCUCUAUGCACAUAUGAACUACGCUAAGACCCAGGCUGCUCUGGGGAGUCCAAAGACUCAGCCCAGAAGCCCCACAAGCCCCCACAAGUCCUGGCCUGCAGACUGACACAAUCCCUGCUGUGCACUGAGGCGGAUCAGCAAGUACAACUGGAUCUGAGCUGUGAAAUGCUCCACUGGAAUCUUCCCCUAAACACAUAUUUAUAUUUACUGCAAUAUGUCCUGCAUUUAAAAGUUUUGUUAAUAUGGGAACAUUUUUUUUCCAUAAAACCCAUUGAUGAUUAUAUUAUGUACUGAAUUGUCAUGUUUAUUUUUUUAACAACUUAGGUUUCCAGUUCUUGUGUAUGUAAUGGGAAUAAACCCUUACAUUUAUUAUUUGCACAUAUCUAACAUUUUACCGUUUACUGUUUAAGCACAUUGAGCUACCUCUGUGUAUGCAAUGUGCUAUAUGAAUAAAGCUGCCUUAAUAAUGGCACACUCCUGUAGUGAAUCAUCAGUGUAAAAAAUGCACACAGCUUUCAUAAUAAUUCACACAUGUCCAGAACAUGAUCACUGUGUCUUACAUCCGUGCUCGGUCUUUGGUGUCUGGUUUCUUCACACCUUGGAAAAUUGAGCACAUAAUUCUAAACCUCUACUAAGCUGCAAAUGAAAAAAAAAUAUAUAUAUAUAUAAUUAUAUAACAAGAGUCAAAAUGUGUGAUCAGCGCUGUAUGCUCAUAAGGAUGCUGUUCAUAAAUGUAUAUUCUUAUCUGAAAUAAAAAUGUAAAACAUUGA